CAACCCUCCUCGCUUUCCGCAGGGAUCGCUCGCGCAGGAAUCACCGCUGAAUCCUGAUUUUUCGUCGAAAGAUUCGCUCUUUGGUCGUUCCACGAAACAAAAAAAAAAUCUCAUUUUGGUGAUGGAAGCACAGAGUUCCCAUUCCUCGCAGAUCAUUGAUAUUAAUUUAGAUUUGCCAGGGGAUGAACCUAGCAUAAACCGUAACAAGAUAUGUAGUGGCAGUGCAUGUGGUUUCUCUGAUUCCCGAUCAAACUCAAAAGAUGCCCAAGAGAGAUUCACUUCUAUGCGCAAGCUACUAAUAGCUGUUGUCCUAUGCAUCAUUUUCAUGUCCGUUGAAGUUGUUGGAGGUAUUAAAGCAAACAGUCUUGCAAUUCUGACUGAUGCGACACAUCUCCUCUCCGAUGUUGCUGCUUUUGCCAUCUCAUUAUUCUCCAUAUGGGCAUCAGGAUGGGAAGCAACACCACGUCAAUCUUAUGGCUUCUUCCGUAUAGAAAUUCUUGGAGCUCUGGUGUCUAUCCAGCUUAUUUGGCUCUUAACUGGCAUCCUAGUUUUUGAAGCUAUUGCAAGAUUGCUCCAUGACACAGGUGAAGUGCAAGGUGUCUUGAUGUUUAUUGUAUCAGCCUUUGGUUUGGUUGUUAAUAUUGUUAUGGCUGUCUUGCUUGGACAUGACCAUGGCCAUGGCCACGGCCAUGGUGGGCAUGAUCAUGGUCAUGGCAGCCAUGGUGAUGGUCAUGAUGAGCAUGGCCACGUUCACAGUCAUGUAAACCAUGGUCACACUCAUCAUCAUGAUGAUCACGAUCAUGAUCACGAACAUGAUGCAGAGCAUGGUCAUAGCCAUGCCACUGGCCACAAUCAUGCAGAGGAUUCCAGAAACAAGGAACAUCUUAAACCUCUGCUGCACCAAUCUGAAGAAGCCCCAGCCAGCAGAGAAGAUGCUAAAGAGAAAACAAGAAACAUUAAUGUGCAUAGUGCCUAUCUCCACGUCCUUGGUGACUCCGUCCAGAGCAUAGGCGUGAUGAUCGGAGGGGCAAUAAUAUGGUGGAAGCCUGAAUGGAAGAUAAUCGAUAUGUUAUGCACGCUUGUCUUUUCUGUCAUCGUUCUGGUAACAACGAUCAAGAUGCUUAGGGACAUACUUGAGGUCUUGAUGGAGAGCACCCCACGGCAAAUCGAUGCAACCAAACUUGAACAGGGGCUUUGUCAGUUGGAUGGUGUUGUGGCCAUUCAUGAGCUGCACAUAUGGGCAAUCACUGUAGGGAAGGUUCUUCUAGCAUGCCAUGUGACGAUCACUCAAGAAGCAGAUGCUGAUCUUGUACUCGAUAUGGUGAUUGGGUAUAUCAAAAGGGAGUAUAACAUCAGUCACGUAACCAUCCAAAUAGAACGGCAAUAGAUCCAGUUGUGGCUGACUGCUGCUAGUGCUAGCUAGUUUCCAUUUCAUGUUCAUUCUUCCAUUGCUUCAAUCGGCUAUUAUUGUCUUUUGCUUAUGCUCCUUCCUGUGGUGAUGUCAAACUGCAACUGAUUCAAGAGUUAGAUGGUUUGGAUGGUUCUGUGGUACAUCUCUGGCUGGUAUCUACUGCAAGUUAUUCCAAAGUGCAGCCUUUUUUGUAUCUCAUGCCAUCUAUCAUGUGGUAGUUGGUUGACUUCCCAUUUUCAGCCGAAUUUUGUAUAUGUAGCAAGAACAUCAUGUCAGUUUGUGCUGUAAAAUGUGGUUCAUCAUUCCUGCAAAGACAAUGCCUUAAUGUGGUUCAUAGUACUUUUUCUUGA